ACUCUGCAAGGACAGGCCGAGGUGUGACCGGUGCGACUGGCGCUCGCAUUAGUCACAGUGCACCCAACGCACUCUGCGGUCAAAGUACCCGAACAUCUGCGCUAUACCCCUUACAGAGAACCAGGAGAUCAGGACACCAAGCAGGCAGCAGAAAAUGAGUCUUUGAACCCCGUCUCAAGCAUGUCCAACAAUCAGACAGAUCCUGCAAACUCAGUGGACAGAGAGAAGAAAGCAGACAUGAGAAUAAAUGAGAAAAAAUGCUCUUGGGCAUCCUACAUGACCAAUUCACCAACAGUUAUUGUGAUGAUUGGGCUACCGGCCAGGGGCAAAACUUACAUGUCCAAAAAACUCACACGUUAUCUUAACUGGAUUGGUGUCCCAACUAAAGUGUUUAAUUUGGGCGUGUACCGCAGAGAGGCUGUUCGAUCUUAUAAGUCCUACGAUUUCUUUCGCCAUGACAAUGAGGAAGCCAUGAGGAUACGAAAACAGUGUGCGCUGAUAGCUUUACGGGAUGUGAAGGCUUACCUAACAGAAGAGAAGGGUCAGAUUGCAGUUUUUGAUGCCACAAACACAACAAGAGAACGCAGAGACCUGAUUCAAGCAUUCGUUAAAGAAAAUGCUUUCAAGGUGUUCUUUGUGGAGUCCGUGUGUGACGACCCGGAGGUUAUUGCUGCCAAUAUUUUGGAAGUGAAAGUGUCAAGUCCAGACUACCCCGAACGACAUCGUGAACGAGUGAUGGAUGACUUUCUCAAAAGAAUUGAAUGUUAUAAAGUGACAUACCAGCCGUUAGAUCCAGAUGACUAUGACAAGGACCUGUCUUUUAUCAAAGUGAUGAACGUUGGCCAACGGUUUCUGGUGAACCGGGUGCAGGACUACAUCCAGAGUAAGAUUGUGUACUACCUCAUGAACAUCCGGGUGCACUCCCACUGCAUCUACCUGUGCAGACACGGAGAGAGCUGCCAUAACAUGGAGGGCAGGAUCGGAGGAGACUCUGAACUGUCACCUCGAGGAAAACAGUUUGCCCACGCUUUGCAUGACUUCAUUGAAGAACACAGGCUGUCUGAUUUGAAGGUUUGGACGAGCCAGCUGAGGAGGACCAUACAAACUGCAGAGGAGCUGGGAGUGCCAUAUGAACAGUGGAAGAUACUUAAUGAAAUUGACGCUGGUGUAUGUGAGGAAAUGACCUAUGACAUGAUCCAGCAAACAUUCCCAGAGGAGUUUGCUUUGAGGGACCAGGACAAGUACCAUUAUCGCUACCCAGGCGGAGAGUCCUACCAAGACCUAGUCCAGAGACUGGAGCCUGUCAUCAUGGAACUGGAGAGACAGGGCAAUGUGUUGGUCAUCUGCCACCAGGCUGUGAUGCGCUGCCUCCUUGCAUACUUCCUGGAUAAAAGUGCAGAAGAUCUACCUUACAUGAAAUGCCCACUCCAUACAGUGCUAAAGCUCACUCCUGUUGCCUAUGGUUGCAAAGUGGAAAUGUUUAACUUAAAUGUGGAGGCGGUCAACACACACCGUGAUCGACCACUUGGUACUGUGCCGAGGGACACUUCUCUCAUUCACCGAAGGAAUAGUUACACCCCCUUGUCCAGUUACGACCAGGUCAAGCGUCCCAGGCUCUACAGUGCAGGGAACCAGCCCUGGCUGCCCCUCGCCCCCACUCCUGCUGCCCUGAUGCCAGAGGGACGGCCAAGCCAAACUUGGAUUGGAAGCUCUUGUGUGAAUGCCUGUCUGAAGGAGCCGACAUUGACAGCCCAGAAGAAACUAGUGAAGGUGUCAGCUUCUGAUUGAAGAGGGCAAUCUGAUGCCAUAGAAAGUUAUAAAAUAUAUUUUAUUCAUUAAUGCACUAAAUAGUAUGCAUCUGCUUCUGCACCAAAAAUCUGAACAAAUGGAAAUCUUAUGAGCACUAUACUUUAUCACUUAUUAUUCUCUGUGUUGACAGUUGUUCUGAAUGUUAUGAAGUUUUCUGUGUCUACAAUGAGUCAUACGUUUUCUUAAAACAAUUUCAAACAUCAAAACAAAAAGUAUAAACAUAUUCUACAUCUUGUAUGCAUAAAUGCUUGGUCUAAAAUAAUAUUUUUUUGUUAUAUUGUUUUACUUUCUUAUCAAAAUCUUAUUCAAUCCCAUCCUUCAUGUACUUACUAGUAGUUUUGUUCACAGAGGGUGGUCCUGCAUUUUCUAGGGCUAGGAGCCUGGGGAUAGGCAUAGCCAGAUGUGCCUUUGGGAACAUGUAGGCAUGGAAACAAAGCUCAACUUAAAUUUGCAUAAUGCAAUAGCCUAUUAUCAUAAACAAUGUGUUAUUAAAUAAACUCACUAAAAUUCUUCAAA